AUGGAAGAAGAUUUAAAAUACUUUAGUAACUAUACUUAUGAAGAAGAAUCUGAUAGAGAGUCUGAGAACUCAAACACAGAUGAUGAAGAAAUUGAAGAAGAAAUAGAUAUAUAUUUAAAUAACGUUAAUGAAUAUAAUUUAAAUAAUAUUAAUACUUAUCUUAUACAAUAUCCUUUGAGACCUAAAUAUCGUCCUUAUAAUUUUACAAAUAAUAUACAAAAGAUAUAUAAAUGUAAUAAUUAUAAUAAAUUAAGGAAUAUAAAAACUAAUGUACAGAAUAAUGAGGAAAGUUAUAUAUUUGAAUAUAAAUUACAUGAAUCUAUAAAAGAGGAUUUUCAUGAAUCUAAUACAAUGUAUAAAGAUGAAAAGAUAGAUAAGAAUAUAAGUAGAUUAAUUAGUACUAGUGUUUUAUGUGAAUAUAUAACAAAUUGUGUUUGUAUAUUUAAAUAUAAUGAAGUAAAAAAUAAAAAAGAAAUUUUUAUGAUACCUUUAAAGCAUAUAUAUCAAUUCAAGCCGUGUUAUAAUAAUAUAAUUUUGGAUAGAAUAUUAGACGAUUCUUGUAAGGGUGAAAAUAAACUGACCCUUAUGAACAUAAAUGGCAUGUACAAUAUGAAUGUUAAUAAUAGUAAUUGUAAUAAUAUUAAUAUUAAUAGUAAUAAUAAUAAUAAUAAUUAUUAUUAUAAUGAAAGGGAUAAUGAAAACAACUUGGAAAACAAUAAAUGUGUAAAUUUUAAUAAUAAAAGUAAUAUUAUCAACAACAAUAAUAAUAACAACAACAAUAAUAAUAAUAACAACAACAACAAUAAUAAUAAUAACAAUAAUAAUAGUAAUAAUAUUAAUAUGAAUAACCUUAGUAAUAAUGUCUGGAGCAGUAUUGUUAAUAUAUAUGAUCAGGAAUCAUAUGAAGCGCAUGAAUUAAUAUCACUGUUUACAACCAUCAAUUAUGAACAUGAUAAUAUAAUACAAACAAGUGAAAAUAAAAAAGAGAUAAUACUUGAUCAGGAUAAAUAUAAUACAUAUAAUACAUAUAAUAAUGAUUCCAUUAUUAAAAAUGAUAUUAAAGAAAUUAAAUUUAAUAAUGAUGCUUACUUAUAUUUAAAUAAUAUGUGUAAAAAUGCUAAAGAAUAUGAAUGUUACUCACAUUUAAAUGAUGAUAAUAAUAUGACUAAUGGCAUAUAUAAAGAUAGUUGCUCUAAUAAUAUAAAAAGAUAUAAUAAUAGUUCAACAAAUAAUGAUGAGGAUAUAUUUAUUAAUAUUAAUAUGAUGUAUUUCUUUUCUUUAAGUCUGGAUGAACAAAUCAUAAACCUCUUUCGUAUAAAAAAUGUUCAGAGUUUUCAAGAUUUAAAGAGAAUAUUAAAAUGGAAUGUAGAAGAUGAGGUUUUAUUAAAUUGUGUUAAAAAAUAUUGUGUAAAUAUUUUAGGAUUGUGGGUUAUUAAAUCGAAAUAUUUAUAUAAAUUUUUACGAGGUAAAGAAGAUAAGAAGGAAAAUAUGAAAGAUAAUAAUAAUAUUAUUGAAAAUAACACAAAUGACAAAAAUAUAAGUAAUAGUAAUAUGGAUAAAAAUAAUAUACAGAAUGGUAGUACUGAGGAAAGAUUUUCUUAUGUGGAUUAUAAAAUGAGAGUACGAGAUUUAUUAUUAGUUAUUAUAUAUAAACAAGUGGAACCUAUGUUAUAUAAGUUUAUAUAUGAUACAAGACAUCAAAUAAUAAAUAACAAAAAUAAUAAUAUAAAUAAUAAUCAUAAUAAUAAUAAUAGUAUUAAUUAUAGUGCUUAUAAUAAUUACGAUAAUCAUAAUAGUAUAAGAAAUAAUGACAGUAUUGGUAGGAAAAAAAUGAAUUCUUCAACAUCUAUUAUAAUUGAAAAUUUUGAAAAGGCUACAAAUUUAUCUAAUAAUGUGCUUGUAGAAAUAUUUGGACCUUUAUGUGAAUAUAAAUAUACUGGAUAUUUUUUUAAACAUAAAAUGGAUGAAUUAUUUUUAUUAAAUAAUAUAAAUUUAUGUUUAUCAUAUAAUGAAAGAUGGAAAAAUAAAAUGAUAAAAAUAGCAAAGAUUAUACAAAUGUAUAAGAAUAGUAAAAUUAUUAUUAAUGAUUAUAAAUUAGACAUAAGAACAUUAGAAAAAUAUAUUACUGAUAUGUUAAAUAAUAAUUGUUUUUCUUUUGAUCAUAUUUAUAAUAAUAUAAAAAAAGAAUCCAAAAAUAUACAUAUAGAUUUACAAACAUUUAUUCAAGCUCUAAAUAAUAUUGCUAUUAAUAUAAAUAAUAUGUGGUUUCUAAAAAUAAAAAAUAAUAGUGAUUUUAAUAAAUGUAGAAAUGCAGUUAUUAAUAUUUUCAAAAAUGAUCAUAAUAUUGUAUUAACAAAAAAUGAAAUCAUCAAAAAAGUAGAAACAUUUAUUAAGUCACAAUUAAAUAUACCAGAUAUUUAUUUUAGAAAUAUUUUAAAAGAAUUCUGUCUACAAAAAAAUGGGAAAUAUUUUUUCAAAGGAAAUGACAAAGUUAAUAUCGACUAA